CUCACAAGCCCGGUUCCCAAUGCAGAACCGCUGGUUCUCUCAUGGUCGUGCUUCCGUCCUGAAUCUUCCGUCUCUCACCGUUGGUGAUAGUAUCUUACCUCCUCUCCUUGUCCCUACUGAUCCCCCUGACCCUUCUACCUCUCUUUCGAUUUCCCAUUUUCCUCCUCAUUCUUCUCCUCGAAACCAUAAACUUAGGUCUCCUCCACGUACUGCUCCUACUAUGGCGCCUGUGGGUCAAGCCUCUACUCAGAUCUCUUUUAUUGCUGUAACUACUGAUGUCGAGAUGACUCAGUUGGAAACUGUCUCUCCAAAGGUUUCAGAUUCUAGCUCUUCAAAAACUAGAUCUGAAAAUACUAUUCCUGCAAACCCAACACAAUCCCCUUUGCCAAAUCCUACUUUCCCAACCAUUCCUACUACCGCUGAUGUUCAAGCACCAGCUCCCCCCAACACUCAACCAUCUUCUCAGUCUGUUCAUCCUCCAAAUGUUAACCAAACUGCCAAUCAUCCAACUUUGGCUGAAAGAAUAAGAGUUUUUGAAGACCGCUCUCUGCGCAGUAUUCCAGAGAGGCGAAGAGUGACACAAGGACUUCUUAAUCUGCUAAGAGCUCCACCUUACAGCCAAAUUCAAAACAAUCUUAACCACAUGUGGGGUAAGGGCAGAAAACUAGAAAUUUAUAAUAACCCUGUAGCUAGAUCUAUGAUUAUUCUUGAAAAGGGCCUCUGGUAUGUCGGUGAUUCAAUGUUCCAUGUGACUCAGUGGACGUCGGCGCAUUCGUCUGCUUCUCCACCUUUUGAGUCAAUUCAAUUAUGGGCUCAUCUCACGGGAGUUCCUUUGGACCUGCGUCACCAGCAAGGUCUUAGUUUGGUGGCUGGUUUGGUUGGUGAACCAAUAGAAACUGAUGAGUUUACUAAGAAUUUGGUUAGCUUAACUCUCUCUCACUUGAAAGUUGAAGUUAACCUUACUAAGGACCUUCCUCAGCUGGUUGAUGGAGAAGUUGUUGAAGUCCUUGUGGACUAUCCGUGGUUGCCCCCUACCUGCUCUCACUGUAAGGAGUUAGGCCAUAUUGUUCGUAACUGUUUACUGCUACCACCACCUCCUCGGACUGCUGCUCCUCCCCCCAAGAAGGCUCAAAAGAAGUCUGCUCCUAUCUCGAAGUCAGUGGAUUCAGUUCAUAAAGCGGCUACUGAAAUUCCAAAAGAUUCUGUGGUGAAUGAUAAAGAAACUGAUGUGGUUGCUGAUAAAGUUAAUUUCGUGAGGCACCUUUGCAAGUGGACAUUACAGCUGAAUGUUGAUCCGAACUCUAACGGAGUGUCUUCCAAAGUGGUGCCACCAAUUCCUCGAUCUUCCUCUUUGCCUCCUCGUGUUCCUGUUCAUCUUCCAUUUAUAGUAGCUCUUCCUGCUACUAUAACUCCCUCAGGAAAGCCUUAUCCUUACAGUCCUCCUGAAUCAACAGAAAAAACUUCUUUAAAACAAACUCAUAUUAAAGAUCUUACUUUGAACCAGCUUAUGUCUACUCUUUGCCCUAGAUGGAGAUUUACCUCUAAUCAUCUGUCAGAUGGAGAUGGUUGUACAAUCAUCAUCUGGAGAGCUCCUGCAACUGUCCGGAUGCUGCAUCAAUCGAGACAAACUUUUACUUGUGAAGUGAGCCUUUUAAACUCCAACCAGUUUACAUAUACAGCGGUUUAUGCUUCGAAUUCAAGCUCGGAGAGAACUGACCUUUGGGUGGAAUUGCUAAAUCUUCAACAGUCUCCCUCUCUUCAAGCUGGCCCGUGGAUGAUUGGUGGUGAUUUUAAUGAGAUCAUACAUCAUGCGGAACAUUCAAAUCCAGUCAUGAAUUCACUCAGCGCCCACAUGAUUGACUUCAUAGAUUGUCUUUCUCAAAUGGGCAUGUUUGACUUGCGAUUUCAAGGACCUCGUUAUACUUGGACAAAUUGCCAACCUGAUUCCCCUGAUGCAAAAAGCUUGACCGUCUAUCAGCUCCCUAAAGUCGGUACUCGUCCCUUUAAAUUCUUCAACUACCUUACAAAGCAUCCAAACUUUCUCAGUGUGUUGCAAGAGGCUUGGAUUCAGGCCGGAAGAUUUGGUUCUACUCUCACUUACCUGUGCUGGAAACAAAAGAUCAUCAAGGGAGCAUUAAAAGAGCUAAAUCGAGAGAAUUUUUCUCAAAUAGAAAAGAGAGUUAGUGAGGCAAACAGUUUGUUACAAGAUGUGCAAGUACAAGCUCUUCAGGAAUGCUACUUCAAGCAAAAAUUAAGAAUCAACUGGUUACAGGAAGGGGCUUCUUACUUUCAUCGGGUUGCCCAGGCAAGAGAAAGCUUCAACUCUAUCCGAUCCUUUCUUCUUGCCUCAGGUGUAGUGCUUUUUGACCUUUUGGAGAUGAGUAUUCAUGCCAUAAACCACUUUAAAUCCAUCUUUGGGCCGAACAUGCUUCCUCCCAUUCGAAUCUCAUCUCCGCUU